CGCAGAAUUUGUAACGAUUAAACGAUUGAAUGAAAGCUUAUUUAUUUUGAUGUCAUUUAUGUGUACGUUACAAGCUUAGAACUGAAGAAUCAUUAAAAGAACGGCCCUGAUAAGAAUAAUAACAAGUGUCGUGCCAAAGUAGCUGCGACUUUUGUACACAUUAAACGUCUUUUUCAAAUUCAUGCUUUUCAUUAACGCAGUAAAGCAAAAAUUUUAGAACGUCUUUUGCAUUAUAUUCGGCAUAAUGUAUAAAAUAUAAAUUAAAGUACUAAGAACUAAAAAGAUUUAAAAGGAGACAAAAAUGGCUAGCUUGCCAGUAGAAAGUGUAGAAACUGUCAUGGGAGCUAAACCGCUCUCGGAACUCGGCGUAACACUAACGCACGAGCACCUAGCGUCUAAUUUUUUCCCAUGUUAUAUGCCGUCUCCUUUCAAAGACAUAAAUCCAAGAGUAACAUUAUGUAAUUUGGCAGUUACUAGACAAAAGCCGCUGACCAUUUUCAAAAAUACGUGUCUUUAUGACGAAUCAGGGAUGCGCUCUUUUUAUUAUGAUAUAUCCGAUUUCAAAAUGUCCGGUGGUAAGACUAUCGUAGAUACCGGCAGCUACGGUAUGCGUCGUAAUUUCCGGUUUCUCCAUACAAUUUGCCGGACCACUAAAAUUAACGUGCUGGUUGGAACAGGAUUUUCUACAACAAUAGCUAGAGAUAAUGAUUAUUUCCCCAAAGAUAAUACAAUAGAGACUCUAUGCAAUGUUAUGGCGAACGAUUUAGAAAAUGGUUUUGACUGGAAUAACGUUUAUCCUCAUUAUCGUCCUUUAAGGUAUCAUGAUCAGAGCAUCAAGGCAGCAUUUAUCGGAGAAGUGGGCAGUGACUGGCCGAUUAGUGAUUUUGCACAGCGUUCCAUUGCUGCGACUGGUCGCGUUCAAGAACAAGUACGUUGCCCCGUGAGCUUUACUCCCGCAUUUAAUACAGACGCACCUGCGGAAAUACUGCGAAUCUAUCAAGAAGCUGGCGGCGAUGUUAAGAAAGCCGUCAUAUCCCACGUCGAUUGUGUAUUCAACAAAAAAACGAAAUUUUUUGAAUUUUUGGACGAUACCAAAUGUUACGUACAAUUCUCUUUGUUUGGUUUGACCGGUCCAUCUAUCCUGAAAGUGAUUGCAAUGUACUGUCAGAUACACAGCGCAUUAGACGUAUCACGAUAAUGAAAGAGGAAAAUUUGCUAGAUCGAGUUCUUAUGAGCCACGAUAUUCACACUAAAGAUAGAAUGGUAUCUUAUGGCGGCUACGGAUACUCCUUUAUUAUGAAGUACAUCGUGCCAUACAUGAUAGAAAAGAAAGAUUUUACGAGCGAGGAGAUCGAAGACCUAAUAAUUUCAAAUCCUAAGAGAUGGCUUACAAGAGGCUAAUCACCCGUACAAGUCGCUUUUCUCUUAUUCGAAGUGUGACGCAUAAAGAAGUGCAGUGAAUUUUAACGCAAUAUCGUUUUCCUAACAAUUUGUAGACUGUUUUAACGCUUAAUUUUACUAUAAUUAUUCUUAUAAUUAUACAAGUUGCAUUUCAAAUAUAAGACUACAUGAAAUUUGUGUUUUAUAUCUAUAACAAUACGCGAAAAACUGCGCAAAUAUUCUCCAUAAGUAUCUGCCUAUUGCAAUUUAAACGUGCUACAUAUUUGAUAUUUUCAAUACUUUGUUUUGCAGCAAAAAACAAUAAAGUCCUUGAAUGAAUUUGCAGAUAGAAUAAAAUACUAUUGUGUUUAAUGCCGCAAUUUUAAUAUUAAAAAUUUGUAGUAGACAAAAGCAAAAGUUAUUUCAAUCGGCGCGAAUAUUACAAGAAUUAAAAGCAAUACUAAUACAUUAGGAAUAUAUACAUAUAUUUUUCUUUACAUUAUAAAAAAAAUUGAUUAGCAAGAAAAUAAUUACUAUUAAAAUUGUUCAAAAAAACAAAGAAAAUUCGUAUACAUUUACUAAAACGUAGACAUACAAGUAUGUUUCUAUUAAACAACUAAGUAAAUACAAUUACGGCACUCACAAUUAGUUUUGUAUAAUGCUAUUCUAAACAUUGUAAUGCAUUGUGGAUCUUCAUAAA